UGAAUGGCCCUAAAAAAAAGGCGGUUUCGACGUUCAAAUGCCCCCCCAAUUCCUUGGGUGCCCUGUUAUUCCUCCUCUCCGAUCUCCUCUCCCCCUCAGAAGCAUCGACUUCUCGGCCUUCGUUUGAUCGCAUCUCGUGUCAGAGAGGAGGAGGAGGAGGAGGAGGAGGAGGCGGAUUGAGGAAGAGAAAUGGCGUACCGGGUGGACAACGAGUACGACUAUCUGUUUAAGAUCGUGCUGAUCGGCGAUUCGGGCGUCGGGAAAUCCAACAUCCUCUCCCGGUUCACGCGCAACGAGUUCUGCUUGGAAUCCAAGUCCACCAUCGGCGUCGAGUUCGCCACCAGGACCCUUCAGAUAGAGGGGAAGACAAUCAAGGCACAGAUAUGGGACACGGCCGGCCAGGAGAGGUACCGUGCCAUUACCAGCGCUUACUACAGGGGUGCAGUGGGAGCGCUCCUCGUCUACGACAUAACAAAGAAGCAAACUUUUGAAAACGUCCAAAGGUGGCUUCGUGAGCUCAGGGACCAUGCGGACUCCAACAUUGUGAUAUUGAUGGUCGGUAACAAGGCAGACUUGAGGCAUCUGAGAGCAGUUUCAGAGGAUGAAGCCCAGACGUUAGCUGAGAAGGAAGAGCUGUCUUUUAUGGAAACAUCGGCCUUGGAAGCACUCAACAUAGAUAAGGCAUUUCAGACCAUUCUAACGGACAUUUACAACAUAAUUAGCCGGAAGGCUCUCGCCGCACAGGAGGCAGCAGGAACAGUUCCCUCCCAGGGGAUGACGAUUAAUGUGUCUGAUUCCGCUGGAGGUUUUGCAAAGAGAGGUUGCUGUUCUUCCUAGGUGAUUCCCUUCUGCUUGAUUACAUGGUGCGACACGAGAAAGGUGGAUUAGGCUCAAGGGGCUAACAAUUUUGGGAGGCUACGAGAUGUAGAGUUCCUUUCCCCGGAGGCAAUUCCUGAACCAUGUAACUGUUGAUUUCUUGUUAUGAUUUGAAUGUUGACAUUGAAGCAUGAUUUCAUAGCAUUAUGGCAGUGGAAUUCCGUGUGUAGCUUUUUA